UAUAGUUCUCGGCGCAAUAAGCGGACGGCGAAGGCAAGUCAGAAAUCUCCAACGACAUUUCGAAUUUACGUCGUUUCCGCCAAAAUCGAAGCUCACAAUCAUCAAUCAUGGCGCCCAGCUUCAAACCACCCAAAUCCACCGUCCGAUUAUCCUCACAAACUCUGGAAAAACUCAUCAAAACCAACAGAAACCUUUCCAAGCCACAGCCGAGACUCUGGGCAGACGAUCCACCCCACCCUGAACUCAUCGACUCGGACGAUCCAGGAGUGCGCACGCUGACGCUGAACCACCCCAUCCUGCGCGCUUUAGAGUCUUCCAGCGGUGGGCUGAGAGAAUUCAACCAGGUCCAGAGCCAGCUCGUCGUUUCCGGCCUAUUUCAUCAUCCCCUUGCCGCUGGCCGGGUCUUGAAGAAACUGUGUUCUUCGCGGCUCACGGUUUCUCAUGCGGUUGAUCUCUUCGGUUGGUUUGAAGAGCCGGACGCUUUCUUGUGUAACACCAUUGUUAGAAGCUUGGUGAGAUUCAAUGACCCACAUGGCGCCCUGGCUUUUUACUAUAAUCAAAUGACUGGGAAGUUUGUUUUGCCGAAUCAUUACACGUUCCCGCUUUUGGCAAAGGUUUGUGCGGGGAUUGGUUCCUUUCAAGACGGGGAGAAGGUUCAUGCCCGGGUUGUCAAGUUCGGGUAUGAGUUUGAUUUGUUUGUUCGGAAUGCUUUGAUUCACAUGUACUCUGUUUUUGGAAGAAUUGGGGAUGCAAGGAAGGUUUUUGAUUUGAGUUAUGAAUCAGAUUUGGUGACUUGGAACUCAAUGAUAGGUGGGUAUGUAAAGAAUGGAGAAGUGGGUGUUGCGCUUAAGGUUUUCAAUGAAAUGCCUGAAAGAGAUGCUUUUAGUUGGAAUUCUAUGAUUGCGGGUUAUGUGGCAAUUGGGAACAUGGAGAGAGCAAAAGAAUUGUUUGAGAAGAUGCCGUUAAAAGAUGCCAUCUCUUGGAAUUCUUUGAUUGAUGGGUAUGCCAGGAUUGGAAACAUUUCAGCUGCUCGAGAUAUUUUUGAUCAAAUGCAAUAUAAGAAUUUAGUUUCAUGGAAUACGAUAUUGGCUCUUUAUGUGCGGUCCAAGAAUUACACUGAGAGCUUGAGGUUGUUUGAUAGGAUGAUGCGAGGAGAAAAUGCUAAGCCGAAUGAGGCCACUCUUGUAAGUGUCUUGACUGCUUGCGCACAUUUAGGUAGUCUAGAUAGAGGUAAAUGGGUUCACAAUUACAUUAGAAACAGUAAAAAUGUUGAACCUGACAUGCUACUUUUUACUGCUUUAUUAACAAUGUAUGCAAAAUGUGGGGAUAUGGAUUUGGCUAGAGAUGUCUUUGAUGAGAUUCCAAACAAAAGUGUUGUCUCAUGGAAUUCUAUGAUUAUGGGGUAUGGGAUGCAUGGGUAUGGACAGAAGGCUCUUGAAAUGUUCCUAGAGAUGGAGAAUAGAGGAGUGAUGCCAAAUGAUGCCACUUUUGUAUGCAUUUUAAGUGCAUGUGCUCAUGCAGGAAUGGUUUUGGAAGGUUGGUGGUACUUUGAUUUGAUGCAUCGAGUUUACAUGAUUGAGCCAAAGGUUGAGCAUUAUGGUUGCAUGGUCGACCUUCUUGGACGGGCUGGCUUGAUGAAGGAUUCUGAAGAGCUUAUCAGCAAGAUGCCAAUGGAUGGAGGACCUACUCUAUGGGGAGCUUUACUUUCAGCAUGCAGGAGUCACUCUAAUCUUGAGCUUGGAGAGACUCUGGCCAGGCGUUUAAUUGAGUUGGAACCAGUGGAUAUCGGCCCUUAUGUGUUGCUAUCAAACAUAUAUGCUGCAGAAGGGAGAUGGAAUGAUGUGGAAAAUGUAAGAAAGAUGAUGAAUAACAGAGGGUUACAAAAAGUGGCCGGGUCUAGCUCGGUUCAGUUAGGAAAUUGUGCUACUGAAUUUUCCCAGGAAAGUGAUUCAGUUCAUAAGAGGAGCAUGAUGUACUCCAUGUUGAGUGAGAUGGGUGCUCAAUUGAAAUUGUCAUGCAGAAAUAUAUGACGAAUUACAGAAAUUUUAGUGUUGUAAGUACCGUUGGAGAAAGUUCAGUAUGGUUAGUUAACAUAUUCAGAAAAUGAGGAGAAUCAGAGACAUGGAAUUCUAACAGGUUGAAGACAUUAAGUAUAUGCUGGGUCAAGGUAUCUAAGUGCAAGUGUAUGAGAUAGGCUAUGAUAUUUGCAGCAAAAGAGGGGAGAAUAAUUUUCAUUACUCCUUUUCAUACCCGAAAAUUAUUUUGUGGGAAGUUUUGAAAAAUCAAUGGCGAUAAUGUUGGUAUUGGUUGACUGGAUUCACGAAUACACGAUAAUGUUGGCAGCUUCAUGAAAUGACUCGCUGUGUGUAGUUUAAUUUAACCAGAGGUUGCGCCCAUGUAUACUGGCAUAGUAGUACUGAGACCAUGGAAACCAAACGAUUAUGAUGGAGACUGCUGAUUUGAGUUGAACGCCAAAACUGAUUGGUCACAUGACUCCAUUUCUUGAAGCUCUACCAGGGCUAAGGAUCUUUCGUCAUUGUUCUGCAACUUGCUCGUUUUCUCCUGACCUUGAUGGUGUUUUAUAAGCAUGAGGAAAUUCUAUCCCAUACAUGAUACUUGAGCUUCAGAGAAAAAGAAAAAAAAAAAAAACAUAGAAUUGAUUCAAACAAAGCCCUUAAUAUACAGCAUUUGAUGGAUUGAUUCCUCACAUUUAGUUUGGACUUGUAUAAGGUCCAACAUAGUUGAGCCAUAUGACAAUUUAUUUGGAAGAGUUCAACCGAUAUCUUCUGGAUCUUGCAUGGGUCCACGGUGCUGUCUGGACUCUAUUGAAUACAUAAUGAAAAAAGAAAAUAUGUUUAUCAUGAUUAUAGCACCAAGUGUAAGAAGGGCUGAACGUGUACAUUUUAUUUUCUUUUCCUUUUUUGGCUAAUAGAAUUUGUACUUUUUCA